AGGGCAGAGGCGCGUGGGGAGGUGCUUCCGGGACAGAGGGCGCUCAAGAUGGCGGCGCCCAUGGAGCUGUUCUGCUGGUCAGGGGGCUGGGGGCUGCCGUCUGUGGACCUGGACAGCCUGGCCGUGCUGACUUACGCCAGAUUUACUGGUGUUCCACUCAAGGUACACAAGAUCACCAAUCCCUGGCGGAGCCCUUCAGGAAUGCUGCCUGCCCUGAGGACCAGUCAUGGAGAGGUCAUCUCACUCCCACACAAGAUCAUCACUCGCCUUCGAAAAGAGAAGUACAAUGCUGAUUACGACCUGUCAGCCCGGCAAGGGGCAGACACCCUGGCCUUCAUGUCUCUCCUGGAGGAGAAGCUGCUCCCGGUGCUGAUACACACUUUCUGGAUAGACACCAAGAACUAUGUGGAGGUGACCCGGAAGUGGUAUGCAGAGGCGAUGCCCUUUCCCCUCAACUUCUUCCUGCCUGGCCGCAUGCAGCGGCAGUACAUGGAACGGCUGCAGCUGCUGUGUGGGGAGUACAGGCCGGAGAACGAAGAAGAGCUGGAGAAAGAGCUGUACGGAGAGGCUCGGGAGUGCCUGACCCUUCUCUCCCAGCGCCUCGGCUCUCAGAAGUUCUUCUUUGGAGAUGCCCCUGCCUCCCUGGACGCCUUCGUCUUCAGCUACCUGGCCCUGCUGCUGCAGGCAAAGCUGCCCAGUGGGAAGCUGCAGGCUCACCUGCGGGGGCUGCACAACCUCUGUGCCUACUGUACCCACAUCCUCAGCCUCUACUUUCCCUGGGACGGAGCUGAGGUGCCCCCCCCACGCCAGACUCCAGCAGGCUCAGAGACUGAGGAGGAGCCAUACCGGCGCCGGAACCAGAUCUUGUCGGUACUGGCGGGGCUGGCAGCCAUGGUGGGCUAUGCCUUGCUCAGUGGCAUAGUUUCUAUCCAGCGGGCAACGCCUGCCCGGGCCCCAGGCAGUCAGGCCCUGGGCAUGGCCGAGGAAGACGAAGAGGAAUGACUUGCCCUCGUGUUCACAGGACUGGUUUUUCUACUGUCGUGCAUUCCAGAGGACUCUAUGCCUCCCCAUUUGUUGGUAUAGCCCAAAGUGGGGUGCGACCCCCCCCCAAGAAUAAAGUUACUCACACUGACUGGA